AUGGGCAUGCAGGUCGGAAUCAACUUCGGACUGAAGUCUUCGUUAGAUUGCUCACUGGAUUGCAAAAAAGUAGAAUCUGCGAAAAAAAGAGCACUGGAAGAUGAUAUAACUGCCCACGUCGUCAUUCGAAGAAAGCCGGAGGACGGGGGGAAACCAGUGGCCAGAAGACGGCCCCUCGGCGAUCGGAACACCUCAUUUGCGAUCCUUUUCACGCAGCGUUGGGCACACGCCGCCUCCUCUACGGUACUCGGUGGCAACUUCCGCUUUUCCUUUCAUUUCUUGUUUGCAUUUGUUUACCUGGGAGAUCUGUGUCGUUAG